AAUGGAUGGGAUCCGAUUAACAAGGAUUUGAAAGAUGUCGAAAGAAUUUUACUUAAGCUUGACCCAGACAUUACAGAACAGGCAAUUCCAAAUAAAAUGGAAAACUACUUCAGUCAAAUAAGAUCUCGAGCACGUAAUAAAUCAAAGACCAAACCGCGUGUUCAGAAGCCUGUUGAACAGGACGGUUUGGGGGUUGAAUCCGACUUGUUACUCACUCCGGAAGAGAAGCAUGAUAUGGAGGAAAUGGAACGUAAAGGUCGUGUCCGACGGAAAGCGGUAGCCAAUGAAAUGAAGUUAUGGCCUGGUGGAAUUGUGUACUAUCAGAUGUCGAAUGGACUCGAUGGAGACGCCAUUGGAAACAUCACGUCCGCCAUGAAGAUCUGGGAAGAAAACACGUGUUUAAGGUUCCGGGAACACACCCCGAUAUCUGGCUCCCUGGACAGGGUUAUCUUUGUUGGCAUUCAACAGUGCCAGUCUCCCAUUGGUCGACGAGGUGGACCUCAGGAAGUCAUGAUCGGGGGAUGUAAAGACGACGAAGAGAAUCAAUAUAAAACCAUUUCCAUUGCACAUGAAAUUGCACACAGCUUCGGGUUCUAUCACGAGCACACUCGCCCUGAUAGAGAUGAUCACGUGACGAUUUAUUCGAACAACAUUAUGGAAGGGUUUGAGAUGGAUUUUAGAAAAAUUGGAGUUAGAAGCAUACAUGAUAUUGAACCAUACGAUGUAUCUUCUGUAAUGCAUUAUGGUCCAACGUACAUGAGUAAAGACUCACGGUUAAAAACAAUCGUGCCACGUAUGAAGAACUUGAUGGGUGUCAUGGGGCAGAGAGAGGAGCUGAGUUUUCUGGACGUUAAAACCGCCAACGACCUGUACAAAUGCUCCAACGGUUGUCCAGUACGCCUGGACUGUAAAAACGAGGGUUAUGUUGGACCGAACUGCGCAUGCCUUUGUCCUAAAGGGCUGACCGGAAGGGACUGUUCAGAAGUUGUGAGAAGUAAUACGAAUUGUGGAGGGAGAUUAACGAGCACAAGCGGGAAUUUCUCUUCUCCAAAUUAUCCAGGGGACUACACCUCCAACUCCGAUUGUCUGUGGGUUAUAAUGGGACCUCCGGGAUCAACAAUAACUUUCAUAAUAGAGGAUUUCAUGGUCGAAGUUUUGGACAACGUUUGCUAUGAUUGGCUGGAAGUGGCUCUCCAGGGACCUCACAUAGGGGGUGCUAGAUUUUGCGGUGUAAAUCAAGGAGAUGAAAACAUGCCCCCACGGACUAUGGAGUACCCUGGUAAUACCCUUCUAGUAAGGCUACACGCCGACUAUUCCAACGAGUUCAAGGGUUUCAGGGCCAGGUACACCAUACACAGUUAGGAGCAGCAUACCUGGGAUGUAAACGAUGGAGCACGACCCGAGGAGACGGAUCCACUUAUUAGAACUUUACAUGUGGUGAACUUAGUAGUGUCAUUUUUUGGUUUGUUC